UGGGCCGGUCAGAUCUAGUCCAGUCCAGUCCAGUCAAACUGCUUCAUCAGACAACUUCACCGUCGAAACUAACACGACUGAAAGAGAAAAGAGAACGAAAAUCCACAGAAAGCAAAAUUCGAGGGAGAAUCGGGAAUGGAAGACGAUCAUGGUAACAGCGCCACCACAGCCGUGGACACGGUCAAGGCCGAGAGAUUGGUGUGGCUUAUGAAGUGUCCUCUACUCGUCUCCAAAUCAUGGCAGUCUCAGGCCACCGCCUCCUCAUCAGACACGCCGCCGGUAGCUAAAGUUGUCGUUUCUCUCGAUCUUAUUCCUAAGAAGAAUCCCGACGCUCCCGAUGAUCCUCCCGUUGAUCAACCUCCCGAAUUCACAAUGGAAAUGAUUGGCAAUGAAGGUGGGAACGCACCAAAACGUUACUGCUUGAACAAGUCAAAUGACUUCGUCCCAAUGUGUAUAUUCUCAGAGUCAAGUCAAGCAAAGGUUGCCGCGGAAGGAAAAGUUGAGUUUAAAUUUGACAUGAAGCCAGACAAUCCGAAUAUGGAAGAGUACAGAAAGCUGUGUCGUGAAAGAACCAACAAAUCAAUGGUCAAGAACAGGCAAAUUCAGGUCAUUGAUAAUGAUCGUGGAGUAAACAUGAGGCCCAUGCCUGGAAUGUUUGGAAUGAUUGCAUCCAGUUCUAAGGAGAAGAAGAAAGCAGCUCCAGUUAAGGCUCCUGAGGUCAAAAGAACUAGGAGGGACCGUGGUGAACUGGAAGAUAUCAUGUUUAAACUUUUUGAAAGACAACCUAAUUGGACCUUGAAGAAUCUAGUCCUAGAGACAGAUCAACCUGCACAAUUUCUGAAGGAGAUACUAAAUGAGCUGUGUGUAUACAAUAAGAGGGGAGCAAACCAAGGUACUUACGAGCUAAAGCCUGAGUACAAGAAAUCUGCAGAGGAUGCAGGUGCUGAAUAAUAGCCUUCUUUCUCUGACUGUAUAUUAGACUUGCGAAGCAAGAAUGAGUCGUUAAUCAUGAGUUCCAAAUGAUCAGAGGUAUACUUUAGUUUUUCAAAAGUCAAUUGUAUUGCACUGGUGGAUAUUGUUGUUUAUCUUGGAAAAGAGGUAGAGGACCACGAAUGUGCCCAUAUAAUGACAUACACUAUAAUUCAUUCUCAGCUUUACCUUAUAGAUUCAUAUUCUCUUGUUUCCAUUUUUUAAAAAUCCUGUCGUAAUUCUGUAUUUAUUAUAGAUUGUAUAAAUGUGUGUAUUUAAUUCUA